AUGUCUACGAGUUGCAAGCUACAAGACGACUCAAUAUUUCUAGACCAAUCCGCCUGCGGUGCCGAGUACCUGUUUGGCGGCCAGUGCGGCAGCGGAACUACACCAGACCCUGCCCUGAAAGCACGCGGCUCGCAACUGCGCAAUCUACAGCUCAUUCCAGCAAGAGUCUUCCAGCUCACGGAAUGGGUGUACAAGCUCCUCUCAUCAGCAACCCAUACCCCAAACGGACGAUUCGACACAGCCGAGGUCAUGGCAGUGUAUACCGAGUGUCUCGAUUGCAUGUACUAUCAGUUCUGCCUACUCUGCCUGUUCCGCCCUCUCGCCAACCUUGUCCUGGCUGAUUCCGACGUCCGACCCCGCGAAAUCUGUCUCCAGGCUGCGGACUCUAUCCUCACCCUGUCGCAGUCCUACAGCAGGCUCUUCACCCUUAGACGCGUCUCCCCAUUCGUCCCCUAUUUUGUUUGUGCCUCUGCCCUUGCAUGGCUUACAAUUGAGUCAACAUGCAACUCUGUGGCCUUGGCUGGCUCGCAACCUUUCCAACCAAGAAAGUUGUCCUUGGCGACCAUCUCGGAUGUUUCAAGCGUGGACGGGUUUAGCACCUAUCAAGACGUGUCCCCCUCCCCGACUGCCGCCAAAGUGCCCAUAAUGGCCCACGCGAGCCAAUUGCUGGCAGAGAUGAGCUCCAACCGUCGAAUGGCCUCAUCCAUAGAGAAGAUGCUUCGAGGAUAUCUUACCGAGUUAUGGUGA